AUGCUCCUGCCCGAGCUGCUGUGGGACCGCGCUGCUCGCCUGCCUGCGCGUGGAGGCCGCUGCUGCCGGCAGAGGAUGUCUUCGGAGCCAGCAUCAGAUGCCAACGCUGGCAGGAGAGGCCUCAAGAAGCCGUGUCCGUUCAGCAUUGAGGACAUCCUCUCCAGCCCAGCAGAGAAGAGCCCCCAGGUCCUGGUCCCACUGUGUCUGCGGGACAUCUUGGACUGCGCGCCCAGGGGGCUGUACGCCCGGUUCCCCUGGCCCAUGCGGCUCUUCCACUCGGCAGUCAGGGUCUGCAAGAGUCCCCAGGGGAGCCCGAGUGAGCUGCAGACUUUCCACCAGAUCCAGCGCCGGACACGCCGGCAUCGCACCAUAUUCACUGAGGAUCAGCUGCAGGCCUUGGAGACCCUUUUCCAUGAGAACCAGUACCCAGACGUCAUCACCCGCGAGCACCUGGCAAACCGCAUCCAUCUGAAGGAGGAGAGGGUCCCAUUUGCUGUUUGGUUUAAAAAUCGGCGGGCCAAGUGGCGGCACCAGAAGAGGGCAUCUGCUUCAGCGCUGAUCCUUCAUGGCACCAAGAAGCCCACUGAGGAGAGCUGUUAG